AUGAAAGAUCAUAUAAAAAAUGUAUGCUUUCGGAAAACUCUACUCAUUUCACUACUACUUAUUAUAUUAAAAUACACAAAAUAUGAUUAUUUAGAAAAAGAAAAUGGUGGAAAACAAAAAUACAACAGCAAUAUAUCGUCGCCAAGUUUACUAAGAACAUAUUUUGGUGUAUAUGUCAAUAGAAAAAAUAAGGAUGUAAAGGCAUUGAAGAAAUUGUUAAAAAAUGUUACGAUUUCUAAUAAUUACCUUUGCAUGGUGAAAAAGGUGGACAUAAAUGUUUACAAUAAAAUAUGUGGUAAUAAGAUAAAUAAAAUUAUAUUGAACAACGAAAGAAAAUAUGAGAAAAAUGAUUUAAAAAAAAAGUGCAUUACUACUGAAUCUUCAUCGUGCACAUUUGAUGAAGAAAAAAAAAGGAAAAAAUUAUUCACAGAUUAUGAAAAAAUAAAUUUAUAUAAAAAUAGUAACCCCCUUGAGGAUAUUGACACAAAUGGAAAUACAAUUAAAGGCUUUCUUUUUGAAUUAUUUGAUAUAAUUGAAAAAAUUAAGAAAAUUGUAAUAGAUGCAUCUAACAAAAUUAUUUCCAUGUGUCUAUUUAAUAAUGAUAAUUACAAAGAAAACUUAUUCGACAUAAAAAAUAAUAAGGAUUAUAAUAAAUUGCAUAAUUAUAAUUCUUAUAAAUAUUAUGAAAAUCCAAAUAUAAAUACAUACAACAUUAAUAAAGAGUUGUAUGUAUAUAAUGAGGAAUAUGCUCAUAAAUAUUUAUAUUCUUUUAUAGACAUUUCACCUGAUAAUUUAAAUGUUGAUUUUUAUAAAAAAGAAGUUCAAGGAGGAGAUAGAAAUAUAGUGCCCGAAAUUUUUAAAAAUAAAAAUGUGUAUAAUUUAUCUAAGGAUAAAAAGUAUGAUAUCCAUGAUAAGAUGAAUGAUGGAAAUAAAUCGAAUUGUGGGGUUUCAAGUGACAAAGCCGAAAAAUAUAUAUUUGACACUGAAACAAAUAGAAGCGUAAAACUUAAAAAGGAACAAUUUUUGGAAAAAAGUGAAAACUGGAAUGAAAGCAAAAUAAACCAAUCAAACAAACUGCAUAAAAAAAAUAACGAAGUGAUAUAUAGAUCGAUAGGAAGAAUUUUGGCAGAACCAAUAUAUGAAAAUUUAGUUUUAAAUACAGAUAGAAAUAAAGAAAAAGAAAGAGAACGAGAAAUAGAAAGGAAACAAGAAAGAGAAUGGGAAAAGGAAAGAGAAAAAGAUAGAAAUCCAAAUACAAAUAAAAAUAAACCUAAUCCGUUGGAAGAAAAACUUUUGCUGAUUAUUAAAGAACAGAAAGGAGAUCCUAAAAGUGAAAAUUCCGAACAAAAUCAAGGAAUUACUGUAUUAGAAUUUAGUCGUACACCGUCAAAAAAAAAAAAAAGAUCAUGCACAAUUUUAGCUGAAAAUGAAUCAGAAACUUCGGGCGAAGAUAAAGAAAAGGAUAAAAAACAAGAUAAAGAAUCUAAUACUUCUGACAAUAACAAUGGUGAUAGUCCAGCCUCUCCAGCCCCAAAUGAUUCAAAUUAUGAUAGUCCAGCUUCGCCAGCUCCAAAUGAUGUACCAGAAGGUAACAUUCAAAGACCUUCUAGAUUAAUCGCAGAAAAGGAAUCUGAAAAUAAGAGUGAAGAUAAAAAACAAGAUAAUGAAUCUAAUACUUCUGAUAAUAACAAUGGUGAUAGUCCAGUUUCUCCAUCUCCAAAUGAUGUACCAGAAGGUAACAUUAAAAGACCUUCUAGAUUAAUUGCAGAAAAAGAAUCUGAAAACAAUAGUAAAAAUAAGAGUGAAGACAAAAAGCAAAAUAAAGAAAGUAAUACUUCUGAUAAUAAAAAUGAAGACUCAAAUUAUGAUAAUCCCGCUUCUCCAGCCCCAAAUGAUUCAAAUUAUGAUAGUCCAGCUUCUCCAGCCCCAAAUGAUGUACCGGAAGGCAACAUUCAAAGACCUUCUAGACUAAUUGCAGAAAAAGAAUCUGAAAAUAAUAGUGAAAAUAAGAGUGAAGAUAAAAAACAAGAUAAAGAAACUAAUACUUCUGAUAAUAACAAUGGUGAUAAUUCAUCUUCUCCAGUCCCAAAUGAUGUACCAGAAGGUAACAUUCAAAGACCUUCUAGAUUAAUCGCGGAAAAAGAAUCUGAAAAUAAUAGUAAAAAUAAGAGUGAAGACAAAAAGCAAAAUAAAGAAAGUAAUACUUCUGAUAAUAAAAAUGAAGACUCAAAUUAUGAUAAUCCCGCUUCUCCAGCCCCAAAUGAUUCAAAUUAUGAUAGUCCAGCUUCUCCAGCCCCAAAUGAUGUACCGGAAGGCAACAUUCAAAGACCUUCUAGACUAAUUGCAGAAAAAGAAUCUGAAAAUAAUAGUGAAAAUAAGAGUGAAGAUAAAAAACAAGAUAAAGAAACUAAUACUUCUGAUAAUAACAAUGGUGAUAAUCCAGCCUCUCCAGCCCCAAAUGACUCAAAUUAUGAUAGUCCAGCUUCUCCAUCUCCAAAUGAUGUACCAGAAGGUAACAUUAAAAGACCUUCUAGAUUAAUUGCAGAAAAAGAAUCUGAAAACAAUAGUGAAAAUAAGAGUGAAGAUAAAGAACAAAAUAAAAAACAAGAUAAAGAAACUAAUACUUCUGAUAAUAACAAUGGUGAUAAUCCAGCCUCUCCAGCCCCAAAUGAUGUACCAGAAGGUAACAUUCAAAGACCUUCUAGACUAAUUGCAGAAAAAGAAUCUGAAAAUAAUAGUGAAAAUAAGAGUGAAAAUAAAGAAACUAAUACUUCUGAUAAUAAAAAUGGAGACUCAAAUUAUGAUAACCCCGCUUCGCCAGCCCCAAAUGAUUCAAAUUAUGAUAAUCCAGCUUCUCCAGCCCCAAAUGAUGUACCAGAAGGUAACAUUCAAAGACCUUCUAGAUUAAUCGCGGAAAAAGAAUCUGAAAAUAAUAGUAAAAAUAAGAGUGAAGACAAAAAGCAAAAUAAAGAAAGUAAUACUUCUAAUAAUAACAAUGAAGACUCAAAUUAUGAUAACCCCGCUUCGCCAGCCCCAAAUGAUUCAAAUUAUGAUAAUCCAGCUUCUCCAGCCCCAAAUGAUUCAAAUUAUGAUAGUCCAGCUUCUCCAGCCCCAAAUGAUGUACCAGAAGGUAACAUUAAAAGACCUUCUAGAUUAAUCGCGGAAAAAGAAUCUGAAAAUAAUAGUAAAAAUAAGAGUGAAGACAAAAAGCAAAAUAAAGAAACUAAUACUUCUGAUAAUAACAAUGGUGACUCAAAUUAUGAUAAUCCAUCUUCUCCAGCCCCAAAUGAUAUACCGGAAGGCAACAUUAAAAGGCCUUCUAGACUAAUCGCAGAAAAGGAAUCUGAAAAUAAGAGUGAAAGCAAUAGUGAAAAUAAGAGUGAAGAUAAAAAACAAGAUAAAGAAUCUAAUACUUCUGACAAUAAUAAUGGUGAAAGACCAGCUACUCCAUUUCCAAAUGAUCUACCAGAAGAUAAACCUAAAAGGCCUACUAGAUUAUUCGCAGAAAAAGAAUCUGAAAAUAAUGGUGAAAAUAAGAAUGAAGAUAAAAAACAAGAUAAAGAAACUAAUACUUCUGAUAAUAACAAUGGUGAUAGACCAGCUUCUCCAGCCCCAAAUGAUUCAAAUUAUGAUAGUCCAGCUUCUCCAGCCCCAAAUGAUGUACCAGAAGGUAACAUUAAAAGGCCUUCUAGACUAAUUGCAGAAAAUGAAUCUGAAAAUAAAGAAAAUGAAAAAAAAAAAAAAAUAAAAGUAUAUAAUACUUCUGGUAAUAAUAAUGGUGAUAGUCCAGCUUCUCCAGCCCCAAAUGAUGUACCAGAAGGUAAUAUUAAAAGACCUUCUAGACUAAUCGCAGAAAAAGAAUCUGAAAAUAAUAGUGAAAAUAAGAGUGAAGAUAAAAAACAAGAUAAAGAAACUAAUACUUCUGAUAAUAACAAUGGUGAUAAUCCCGCUUCGCCAGCCCACAAAGAUGAAUCAAAUUAUGAUAACCCCGCUUCGCCAGCCCCAAACGAUGUACCAGAAGGUAACAUUCAAAGACCUUCUAGAUUAAUCGCGGAAAAAGAAUCUGAAAACAAUAGUGAAAAUAAGAAUGAAGAUAAAAAACAAGAUAAAGAAACUAAUACUUCUGAUAAUAACAAUGGUGACUCAAAUUAUGAUAAUCCAUCUUCUCCAGCCCCAAAUGAUGUACCGGAAGGCAACAUUAAAAGGCCUUCUAGACUAAUCGCAGAAAAGGAAUCUGAAAAUAAGAGUGAAAGCAAUAGUGAAAAUAAGAGUGAAGAUAAAAAACAAGAUAAAGAAUCUAAUACUUCUGACAAUAAUAAUGGUGAUAGACCAGCUUCUCCAGCCCCAAAUGAUUCAAAUUAUGAUAGUCCAGCUUCUCCAGCCCCAAAUGAUUCAAAUUAUGAUAGUCCAGCUUCUCCAGCCCCAAAUGAUGUACCAGAAGGUAACAUUAAAAGGCCUUCUAGACUAAUUGCAGAAAAUGAAUCUGAAAAUAAAGAAAAUGAAAAAAAAAAAAAAAUAAAAGUAUAUAAUACUUCUGGUAAUAAUAAUGGUGAUAGUCCAGCUUCUCCAGCCCCAAAUGAUGUACCAGAAGGUAACAUUCAAAGGCCUUCUAGACUAAUCGCAGAAAAGGAAUCUGAAAAUAAGAGUGAAAGCAAUAGUGAAAAUAAGAGUGAAGAUAAAAAACAAGAUAAAGAAACUAAUACUUCUGAUAAUAACAAUGGUGAUAAUCCCGCUUCUCCAGCUCCGAAGGAUGUACCAGAAGAUAAACCUAAAAGGCCUACUAGAUUAUUCGCAGAAAAAGAAUCUGAAAACAAUAGUGAAAAUAAGAAUGAAGAUAAAAAACAAGAUAAAGAAACUAAUACUUCUGAUAAUAAAAAUGACGACUCAAAUUAUGAAAAUCCAGCUUCUCCAGCUCCGAAGGAUGUACCAGAAGAUAAACCUAAAAGGCCUACUAGAUUAUUCGCAGAAAAAGAAUCUGAAAACAAUAGUGAAAAUAAAGAACAAAAUAAAGAAUCUAAUACUUCUGAUAACAACAAUGGUGAUAACUCCGCUUCUUCAGUCUCAAUUGAUAUACCAGAAGGUAACAUUAAAAUCCCUUCUAUAUUAAUUUCAGAAAGUGAAUCUGAAAAUAAGAGUAAAACUAACGGUGAAGAUAAAGAACAAAAUAAAGAAUCUAAUACUUCUGAUAACAAUGGUGAUAACUCCGCUUCUUCAGUCUCAAUUGAUAUACCAGAAGGUAACAUUCAAAGACCUUCUAGAUUAAUUGCAGAAAAAGAAUCUGAAAAUAAUAGUGAACAUAAUAGUAAAAAUAAGAAUGAAGAUAAAAAACAAGAUAAAGAAACCAAUACUUCUAAUAAUAAAACUGAUGAUAAUCCAGCUUCUCCAGCUCCAAAUGAUGUACCAGAAGAUAAACCUAAAAGGCCUACUAGAUUAUUCGCAGAAAAGGAAUCUGAAAACAAUAAUGAAAAUAAGAAUGAAGAUAAAAAACAAAAUAAAGAAUCUAAUACUUCUGAUAAUAAAAAUGAAGACUCAAAUUAUGAUAACCCCGCUUCACCAGCCCCAAAUGAUUCAAAUUAUGAUAAUCCAGCUUCUCCAGCUCCAAAUGAUGUACCAGAAGGUAACAUUAAAAGACCUUCUAGAUUAAUCGCAGAAAAAGAAUCUGAAAAUAAUAGUGAAAAUAAGAAUGAAUAUAAAGAACAAAAUAAAGAAUAUAAUACUUCUGAUAACAACAGUGGUGAUAUUCCUGAAUCUCCAGUCCCAAAUUAUGUACCAGAAGGUAAAUUUAAAAAGAUUUCUAGACUAAUCGCGAAAAAAGAAUCUGAAAAUAAUCGUGAAAAUAAGAGUGAAGAUAAAAAACAAGAUAAAGAAACCAAUACUUCUGAUAAUAAAAAUGAUGAUAGACCAGCUACUCCAGUUCCAAAUGAUGUACCAGAAGGUAACAUUAAAAGGCCUUCUAGACUAAUCGCGGAAAAAGAAACUGAAAAUAAUGGUGAAAAUAAGAGUGAAGAUAAAAAACAAGAUAAAGAAACUAAUACUUCUGACAAUAACCAUGAUGAUAGACCAGCUACUCCAGCCCCAAAUGAUGUACCAGAAGCUAACAUUAAAAGGCCUUCUAGAUUAAUUGCAGAAAAAGAAUCUGAAAAUAAUAGUGAAAAUAAGAGUGAAAAUAAAGAAACUAAUACUUCUGAUAAUAAAAAUGGAGACUCAAAUUAUGAUAACCCCGCUUCGCCAGCCCCAAAUGAUGAUUCAAAUUAUGAUAAUCCAGCUUCUCCAGCCCCAAAUGAUGUACCAGAAGGUAACAUUAAAAGACCUUCUAGAUUAAUCGCAGAAAAGGAAUCUGAAAAUAAUAGUGAAAACAAUAGUGAAAAUAAAGAAUCUAAUACUUCUGAUAACAACAAUGGUGAUGACUCCGCUUCUUCAGUCUCAAUUGAUAUACCAGAAGGUAACAUUAAAUGGUAUUCUAGACCAACCGCAGAAAAAAAAUCUGAAAAUAAUAGUGAAAACAAUAGUGAAAAUAAAGAAUCUAAUACUUCUGAUAACAACAAUGGUGAUGACUCCGCUUCUUCAGUCUCAAUUGAUAUACCAGAAGGUAACAUUAAAUGGUAUUCUAGACCAACCGCAGAAAAAAAAUCUGAAAAUAAUAGUGAAAACAAUAGUAAAAAUAAAGAAUCUAAUACUUCUGAUAACAACAAUGGUGAUGACUCCGCUUCUUCAGUCUCAGUUGAUAUACCAGAAGGUAACAUUAAAAGACCUUCUAGAUUAAUCGCGGAAAAAGAAUCUGAAAAUAAUAGUGAAAAUAAAAAUGAUGAUAAAAAACAAGAUAAAGAAACUAAUACUUCUGAUAAUAAAAAUGAAGACUCAAAUUAUGAUAACCCCGCUUCACCAGCCCCAAAUGAUUCAAAUUAUGAUAAUCCAGCUUCUCCAGCUCCAAAUGAUAUACCAGAAGGUAACAUUAAAAGGCCUUCUAGAUUAAUUGCAGAAAAAGAAUAUGAAAAUAAUAGUGAAAAUAAGAAUGAAUAUAAAGAACAAAAUAAAGAAUAUAAUACUUCUGAUAACAACAGUGGUGAUAUUCCUGAAUCUCCAGUCCCAAAUUAUGUACCAGAAGGUAAAUUUAAAAGGUUUUCUAGACUAAUCGCGGAAAAAGAAUCUGAAAAUAAUAGUGAAAAUAAAAAUGAUGAUAAAAAACAAGAUAAAGAAACUAAUACUUCUGAUAACAACAAUGAAGUCUCAAAUUAUGAUAAUCCAGCUUCUCCAGCCCCAAAUGAUUCAAAUUAUGAUAAUCCCGCUUCUCCAGUCUCAGUUGAUAUACCAGAAGGUAACAUUAAAAGGCCUUCUAGACUAAUUGCAGAAAAAGAAUCUGAAAAUAAUAAUAAAAAUAAGAAUGAAGAUAAAAAACAUGAUAAAGAAACUAAUACUUCUGAUAAUAAAAAUGAAGACUCAAAUUAUGAUAACCCCGCUUCACCAGCCCCAAAUGAUUCAAAUUAUGAUAAUCCCGCUUCUCCAGUCUCAGUUGAUAUACCAGAAGGUAACAUUAAAAGGCCUUCUAGACUAAUUGCAGAAAAAGAAUCUGAAAAUAAGAAUGAAGAUAAAAAACAAGAUAAAAAACAAGAUAAUGAAACUAAUAAUUCUGACAAUAACCAUGAUGAUAGACCAGCUACUCCAGCCCCAAACGAUGUACCAGAAGAUAAACCUAAAAGGCCUACUAGAUUAUUCGCAGAAAAGGAAUCUGAAAAUAAUAGUGAAAAUAAGAAUGAAGAUAAAAAACAAAAUAAAGAAUCUAAUACUUCUGACAAUAACCAUGAUGAUAGACCAGCUACUCCAGCCCCAAACGAUGUACCAGAAGAUAAACCUAAAAGGCCUACUAGAUUAUUCGCAGAAAAGGAAUCUGAAAAUAAUAGUGAAAAUAAGAAUGAAGAUAAAAAACAAAAUAAAGAAUCUAAUACUUCUGAUAAUAAAAAUGAAGACUCAAAUUAUGAUAACCCCGCUUCUCCAGCCCCAAAUGAUGAUUCAAAUUAUGAUAAUCCCGCUUCUCCAGCUCCAAAUGAUGUACCAGAAGGUAAAUUUAAAAGGCUUUCUAGACUAAUCGCAGAAAAAGAAUUUGAAAAUAAGAGUGAAAAACAUAUUUCCGGAAAAAAUAAAGCAAAUAAAAGUACGUUUGUAGAAAAUGGACAAAAAUGGAACUUGGAUGAAGAAAGGAAAAGCAUGUUCGAAAAGAUAAAAAAGAAAAAACAAAAAUACAAAAAAAAAUAUUAUGCUUAUGAUAUGAUUGAAAAAAUGGAAUAUUUGAGUUCGCUAUCAGAUGAUGAAUAUUUUACGAAUGAUGGUGCCCCUAAUCAUGCACAAACUAGUAGUGUUCUAGGAAAAUAUUUGAAACAUCCUAAUACUUAUAAUAAAUAUUUAGAUAUUAAUUUAUUUUUCGAUGAAAAACCAUAUCAAUAUAGAAAAGGUAAUUAUUAUUUUAUAAAUCCAUUUCCAUAUAGUAUUAUAAAGAUGAAAAAAAAUGAAGGAUUAUCUAAUUCAGAAAAAAUAAAAUAUGAUGGUGUCUAUUGUUAUUCUCUCUCCUUUAAUAAUUAUUCUUCAUUAACAUAUACAAUUGAAAACUCAUUCAGAAAUGUAAAACCAAUAGAAGAAAUAAUACCAGGCACAUUAACAGGUUUUAAAAGUGAUGACGGAUAUCAAAAAAUGCUUACUCCAAUGUUUGUUGAACAGGAUAUGUUCUUACAUUGUGCAUUUAAGAAUGAAUAUGAUGAAAUAGAAAAUAAAAUAGCAUCAUUUCCUGUUAAAAUAUUUUUAAAAAAAAAUUUAAACAAAACAAAAGGGUGUUCUUUUCAAAUAAAUAAAAAUGGUUCGAUAUAUAAAGAAUAUGCAGAAAGGGAAUCAUUUUUAAGUAAAAAAGUUAUAUUGAAUGAUGAAAGUACCAGUAACGAAUGUGAUAUCACAGCUACAAAUGAAAUUAUUGGUUUUCAAUGUGGACCCCCAUACAAAUAUUAUACCAACGACAGUAAUACGAGUUAUAUUGAUAAGAUUUUUUUUAAUACUGUGAAUAAUGAAGAUAUAAAAAUUGGUGAAUAUUUUAAAGUUGAACCUGCACAUUGUUUUGAAGAAGUUAAUGCAAAUGAACAUAUUGAAGAUAUUGCCCCAGGUAGUUUCCCUUUCCCGAAUUUUGAAAUGAUAAAUGGAGGUUUAAAAUCACAUCAUACAAGGUAUAUAAAGUUAAAAAUAAGAGAUCCAAAUGCAAUUAUAUCAUGUUAUUGCAACUAUUAUAAUAAUGGGAAAAUAAUUUAUUCAGGUAUAAUGACUAUAAAUGGUAAAAAAAAAUAUAAUGAUCAAUCAUAUUCGGAUUAUCCACCUCAAGACAUUAAUAAAACAAGCGAUAAUGCAAAAGGAACUGGUCACAAAACAAUUAAUUCAAAUAAAAAAAGUAAAAUUGAUAAUACGGAAAAUUAUGAUAAUGACUAUAAAUAUUUUUUUAAUUUCUUGCCAUAUUAUAAUCCAUAUCUCAUGCAAUAUAAAAAGCAGCCUGAAUACGUUGUGAAAAAUGAUUUCAUAUAUGAUAGUAAGUAUAGCGACACAAAUAAUGAUGAAUUUUUAAAAAAAAUUAAAAAUAAUUUGUCCGACUUAAAACUCACUGAUAACAAUGAGUAUAUUCAUGAUAUGGAUGAUAAUUUAAGAUAUAAAUACGAUAAUAGAGAUUCUAACGUGUACCCAAUCAGUGAAUAUGAUCUAGAAAAUCAUUUUGAUAGCGACGUGUUGUCAGAUUCUUAUGGACACACGUUUAAUGAUGAUUAUAUAAGUCCACAUAGUAACUCAUAUUAUGAAGAAAAUACGUAUAACUCAGAUGACAUUUUCUCUAAUUAUGAUGACGUUAAUAUUGAAGCUGAAUAUGAAGAAUUUGAACCAUUGCAAAAUAAUGUAACUUUUCAAGAUAAUAAAUCCUAUGAAGAUAAAUCUCAAUCUAUUAUAGUAAUCAAUAAAUCAAAAAAUGUUAAUCUUUAUAUUCCCAAAAAUAAAAUAAAAAAUAAAUCGGAAUAUACAAAAAAUAAUGAAGAUAUAGAAGAUAAUAAAAAGAAAGAUGCGCUCCUUAAAUAUUUAUUAUUAACAUACGAAGAAACACCAGAUAAAAAUGAAAAAAUGAAUAAAAAAUUAAAAUUAUUUAAAGAAUAUUUCCCGUCUUCACCAAACCAUAAUAUAUUUGUAGAAGAAAAAGAAAAUGAUAAUACAUCAAAUAAAAUAAAAAGUAUAUUUGAUAAUCAAGAAAAAUCAAUAGAAUCAUUAAGUGGGGAACAAAUCAAUGGUGAAAUAGAAGUAUCUGAAAAUGAUUCUACUUUAGAUCAUAAUAAAUCUUAUAAUUACGAUAAUACAAAUAGCAACAAUCAUGAAAAUAAUAAUGCUGGUGUGAAUAAUGCUGAUGUGAAUAAUGAUGGUGUGAAUAAUGAUGGUGUGAAUAAUGCUGGUGUGAAUAAUGCUGGUGAGAAUAAUGCUGGUGUGAAUAAUGCUGGUGAGAAUAAUGCUGGUGUGAAUAAUGCUGAUGAUAAUAAUGCUGAUGAUAAUAUUGAUGACGAUACAACAAAUUUUAUUAUGGAUAAAAUUUUACAUGAUUUGUUUGGACAUAAUGAAUACGAUGGCAAUAAAGAAGAAAAUCCAAAAAACAAGAAAAUAUAUCAAACUAAAAUUAAUACAAUAGAAAAUGAAGAAGACGAUGAAGAAGAGGAAGAGGAAGAAGAAGAUUUAAUUGAAAAGGAUGGAGAAUUAGAGAAAGAAGGCAUUGUUCCAAGAAGAAAACAAAAAAGAGUUACCAAAAUUUAA